AUGUCUUUAACUAUCGAAUAAUCAAUUGAUUAUCCUUUUAUUAGAUUACCUUUUGAAGUUAUUGUUAAAUGUAAGAAUAACCAUAAAUUUUUAGAAUUUAAGACCACAAGAAAAUAAUUAGAACAUGAUCUUACAAUCACAUUAAGUUAAAUUGCCCAUAUUAAUUCAUAAGAGAAGGCUGAUUAAGUGAUAGAGAAAAUUAAAGCAAUUAAAAAUGCACUUUAAGUAAACUAAGAACAUGAAAAAAAAUAUUUAGAAUCUUAUCUUUAAAGAUUAAAAUGUGAAGAAUGCGGAAAUGAAAUAAAAUUACAAAGAUCCCUAAUUGACAAUUUAUUAAGAGAAGGCUACUUAAAAACAGCAUAAAAAUUGAUAUAAUCCUACAAAAUUGAAGUAUUAUAAAAAGUAUUAUAAAAAGAAUGUAACAAGUUUUGAAUAAGAAAUCAUAAUUGAGGCUAAUACUAUUAUUAAAGAUCUAAAAUGCAAAUCAAUUAAGUUAGCUUUUAAAUGGUAUCAAUAAAAUUCUAGUAAAUUAAAAAAGUUGAAUAGUACAUUUCAGAACGAUUUAGUGUUUUAAUAGUAUAUUGAAUAUUUGAAAUAAGAUGCAGAUUUAGCUUUGAAUUAUAUAAGAGAUUAUCAAUUUAGUAUGAAUUAGGAGAGCAUAUAAAAAGCAAUGGGAUGCUUACUAUUUAUAAAAUAGGAGAUAAUGCCUGCUUAAUAUUAAUAAUACUUUGAUGAGAAAAGAUGGGAGUAAUUGGUUAGGUAAUUUAAACAAGAAUUAUAUGAUGUUUAUUGUUUUCCAAAAGAAUCUCCUCUUUUAAGUUAUUUAAAGUGUGGAAUAACAACAUUAAAAACAUAAUAUUGUGCUUAAACUAAUUAUUAAUAGGUGAAUAGAUGUCCUAUUUGUAAUAAAUAAAUGUAAGAACUUUCAAAGGAUUUAUUAACAACAUAGAAAUUAGGGUCAACUUGGAUUUGUAGAAUAUCAGGAGAAUUGAUGGAUGAAAAUAAUCCACCUAUGAUGUUACCAAAUAAUUAAGUUUAUAGUUAAAAAUCAUUACAGUAGAUGAGUCAGUAAUAGAAUGGAUAAGUGCAUUGCAUAAUAACAAAGUAGACAUUUAAAAUGAAUGAAUGUGUUCGAGUGUUUUUGACUUGA